AUGACAGGAAAAAAUUUAGGUAAUAUGACAACAACGAAGGCGGGAACAUUGGCAUUCUCCCCUGAAAAUCCACUUACAAGAGAUGUAACCAGGAAAGCCAUAAUGAUGGUUGCUGAUGAUAAUUUUAGUGUGCUCUUUUCUCUUCUAUUUGAUUCAGAUUUUUUACCUCAGCCAAAAGGUUAUAAAGAUGCUUCAGAAAUGGAGCUAGCGUUAACACAGCCAAAUGCGAUGAGUCAAAUUCUUGUUGGGAUCCAGUAUGAUGAGAGCAUGGCUAAUGCUACAAAAUGGCCUGACGAUAUUGUAGUUACAUUAAGGUUUCCAGCUGUAAUGAGAACACCAAUGGUAGAGCACCCUUUAAGGGCAAGUUGGAGGACGAACUUGCUAUACCCACUAUUUCCACGUCCUGGGCCCCGAGAUCCUGAUGAUAUGUACGGCGGUAAAACGCCAGGUUACUCGCCGGAAAUGUUCCUAGCAGUGCAACAUGCCGUCUCGCAAGAGAUCAUAAAACAAAAGACUGGGAAGCAGGUCGAUACGAAAGUAUACCUGCAACGACUACCUCAAAGAGCGUACAGAGAAGAUCAAUUGCUUGUAGCUCUGGAAAGAUUUAUAUCAAUGAUCAUUAUGCUCUGUUUUGCAUACUCAUUUGUCAAUACCGUGAGGGUAGUCACAGCGGAGAAAGAGCUGCAAUUGAAGGAAACAAUGACAAUAAUGGGGCUACCGUCAUGGCUACACUGGCUAGCUUGGUUCAUCAAACAGUUUUCAUUCCUAACCAUAUCUGUGGUUCUAAUUGUCAUAUUGUUUAAGAUACCAUUUAACCGGACACCUGAAGGCGAUGGAUACGGAGUGCUUACUUUCACACCAUGGAGCGUUUUACUGUUUUUUAUGCUGCUGUUUAUAGUAGCCUCAUUGACGUUCUCUUUCAUGGUCAGCGUUUUCUUUUCCAGGGCAAACACUGCCGCUUCCUUCAUGGGUCUUGCGUGGUUUACCACAUACUCUGUGUUCAUGUUAACUCAAGUACUCUAUGAAGAUAUAAGCCUCACAACGAAACUGUUGCUUAGUCUCAUAUCCAACACUGCGAUGGGAUAUGCAUUCCAACUGAUGAUUAUGUGCGAAGGAACUUCUAGAGGUCUACAAUGGGACCAAUUCUUCACUCCUAUUUCAUACCACGACCAGCUGCAACCAGGCCAUAUUGUAUUAAUGUUGAUACUUGAUUCUAUACUAUAUAUUUUAAUUGCAAUGUAUGUGGAGAAGAUACGGCCAGGAUUGUAUGGAGUACCACUACCUUGGUACUUUCCUUUCACGAAGAGUUUUUGGCGACCUAACAAGUCGAAGGUUAUGGAGAUAACUAAGCAUAAGACUGAUCAAGAGUACAACGAUGCUCUGCUGAAGGUAGUUCACGACGAAGAACCAAAGGGCGUAUCCGUGGGCGUCAACAUUCAAAAUCUGACAAAAAUGUACAAAGGACGUAAAAAGGCAGUUGAUAACUUAAAUCUAAGGAUGUAUGAAAACGAAAUAACAGUGUUAUUGGGUCACAAUGGCGCUGGGAAGACGACCACUAUAUCGAUGUUGACAGGCUUAGUGCCACCUACAUCAGGUAAUGCACUAAUAAGUGGUUACAAUAUAGUAACUGAGACAGCUCUGGCCCGCAAGUCCCUUGGUAUCUGCCCACAACACAACGUUUUAUUUCCUGACCUGACCGUCGCCGAACACAUAAUAUUUUAUUCACGAUUGAAAGGAGUUGAUAAGAACAAAAUAGAUGAUGAAGUUAAUCAUUUUGUGAAACUGCUAGAAUUGGAAGAAAAGCGAGAUGUGACGUCGAACAAGUUAUCAGGCGGUCAAAAGCGCCGGCUAUCUGUCGGAGCGGCUAUGUGCGGCUCGUCUCGGGUUGUGCUACUCGAUGAACCAACCUCUGGCCUUGACCCCUCUGCAAGACGUGCACUGUGGGAUCUGUUGCAAAAAGAGAAAAAAGGUCGUACAAUGAUACUCACAACACAUUUCAUGGAUGAGGCGGACGUACUCGGCGACCGCAUCGCUAUUAUGUCCGGAGGGCGACUGCAGUGCUUCGGCACUCCCUACUUCCUCAAAAAACACUACGGCAUUGGAUAUAAACUCACUAUUGUAAAAGGAGAUAACUGUAUAGUCGAUGAUAUCACACUGUUUUUCAAAACGUAUGUGCCUGAUAUCAAAGAAAACACUAAUAUUGGUUCCGAACUAACAUAUAUAUUGCCAACCGAUAAUGUUAGUAAGUUUCCAGAGAUGCUCAAAGAAUUUGAAGCAAAGAAGGAAUGUCUGUCCGUGAGUAGUUACGGACUAUCAGUCACCAGUUUAGAAGAAGUUUUCAUGAAAGCUGGUGCAGAAGAUACAGAAACAACAUCAGCUGGAAGAAACGACAAAUCUUGUAGAAUAAAUAAUGAAUGUGCUGUUGUUCCGGCGUCUUUUAAUGCAAACCAUUUAAUGGAUAAUGAGCCUAUAGAAAAGGUGCGAGGUUACAAACUCCUCAGAAAUCAUAUAAAAGCAAUGUUCCUAAAAUUAGCGUACAACUCUAUGCGGAACAAACUCUCAGCUUUCAUACAAUUUGUGACUCCGAUUAUUAACAUAACAAUAUCUGUGAUAAUAUCUAGAUCUUGGAAAUUUAUAUCUCAAUUGCCCCCCCUGACGCUCAGUUUAGAAAGUGGUUUCCGAACAACGGAAACGCUUCUGUCUCAAGCCAACUUAACUGAUGACUUAAUGGAAGCAAAAGCGUUGAACGCGUACAAAAAUUUUUUCAAGACAUCCACAUAUCCCGGCAUGACGCUUACUGAUAUUGGAACAUCGGACUUGGCAAAAUUUUAUUUGAAAUUGAGCGAUGCGGAUCUUCCUCGGAUUCGCUACGAGGUUCUGACGGGUGCGACAUUCGGCCGCAAUAAUAUAACGGCCUGGUUCAGCAACUAUGGUUACCACGACUCUGCUAUAUCUCUGGCGAUGAUCAACAAUGCUAUACUUAAUGCACUUUCGCCUGGAAGUACUCUGAAAAUAGUCAACCAUCCCCUACCUUAUUCUAUUGAAAAUCUGGUCAAAGUAAUGGCGUCUGGAAGCAGUAUGGGAUUCCAAUUUGCAUUCAACAUAGGAUUUUGUAUGGCAUUCGUGACUGCGUUCCUCAUGCUUUUUGUCAUAAAGGAGCGCAUAAGCGGCGCGAAGCUCCUGCAGCGCGUGUCGGGGGUGCGGCCCGCCGUCAUGUGGGUGUCGGCGCUCGUAUGGGACUGGCUCUGGCUGUUCCUUAUCUAUCUCUGUAUCGUGAUCACACUCGCUUGUUUCCAAGAGUCUACUCUCUCCACGCCGGCGGAGUUAGGAAGAGUACUACUAGUGUUAAUGAUAUUCUCGGUGGCCACCAUACCUAUACAUUAUGUAGCCUCGUUCUAUUUUGAAGCGUCUGCUACAGGUUUUUCCAAGAUGUGUUUUAUGAAUAUAUUUACAGGUUGCAUGCCAUUUUUAAUCACCGAAUUAUUGAGAUUACCAGAAGUAGGCAGUCCGUUUUACGCUCAUCUGUUCGACUGGAUUUUUUCUCCGUUGCCUAUUUACUGCAUCAGUAGAAGUUUCAGGGACAUGAGCGUGUCAGCGUUCUCUAUGCUGGCGUGUGACGGCCUCUGCAAACAGUUGAAUUUGGAAGGAUGCACACGUCAUACGAUCUGCAACAAGCUCAAUCUCUCCGUGUGUUGUAUUGAAGAUGACCCAUACUUGAAAUGGAGUGAACCCGGUAUCGGCAGAUACUUGUUUAUGAUGAGCGCAGUUGGGAUCAUAGCUUUCACUAUUUUACUUGUUAAGGAAUACGAACUCUUGAAUAAGCUGUGUUACUCAUCAAGCCAUAAGCCUACGAAGGCCAUAACCGACGAAGAUAGCGACGUGGCAGCGGAGAGGUAUAAUGUACAAAGUCUCACGCGUCCUCAACUUUCGCAGUACAGUCUAGUGUGCCGAGAUCUCACCAAGUUCUUUAAAAACUACCUCGCAGUCAACAGACUAACGUUUGCCGUGAACAAAGGAGAGUGCUUCGGGCUGCUAGGUGUAAACGGCGCGGGCAAGACGAGUACCUUCCGAAUGUUGACGGGUGAUACCCGUAUAUCUGCGGGUGAUGCUUUCGUACACGGACUAUCCAUCAAGACACACAUACAGGAUGUAUACAGACAUAUAGGCUACUGUCCACAGUUCGAUGCAUUGUUCGACAAUUUGACUGGUCGGGAGACCUUACGCAUAUUCUGUCUCCUGCGCGGCAUACCGUCGCGGGUGGGGAGUGCGCGAGCGCUGUACCUCGCCUCGCACCUCGGCUUCCUGCGACAUUAUGAUAAGAAGGUACAUGAAUGCAGCGGUGGAACGAAGAGGAAGAUCAGUACUGCUGUGGCGUUAUUGGGAGAUUCGCCUCUUGUGUUCCUUGAUGAACCGACUACAGGUAUGGACCCGGCGUCCAAGCGGCUGGUGUGGUCGGCCAUCAGCGAGGCGGCGGGGGCUGGGCGCAGCAUCGUGCUGACGUCACACAGCAUGGAGGAGUGCGAGGCGCUCUGCUCGCGCCUCACCGUCAUGGUCGCCGGCACCCUCUUCUGUCUCGGACCGCUACAACAUUUGAAGAAUAAAUUCUCGCAAGGUUAUACAUUAAUAGUCAAGGCUAGUGUUAGCCCAACUAGAGAAGAAAAUAUCACUGAAAUUAAUAAUUAUGUAACAACCAACUUCAUAGGAUCUAGAGUAAUUGAAUCGUACCUCGGCAUCACCACGUACUACCUUAACGACGUAGACUUGCCUUGGUGGCGAGUUUUCCACAUCAUGGAACAAGCUCGCACUUUGUUCCCUAUUGAAGACUACUCCGUUUCACAAACAACACUAGAGCAAGUAUUUCUCAGGUUUGCGAGAAUCCAUGGUAACGAGGAGACGUAA